UUAAUAAUUUCAUGUUUAAAUCUUUAAGAGGUUAUUUAGAAAAGUCAAAAGUCAGUUGAAUACUUAAAUACCUUAGUAAACACCUGUUAUCAAGAAAGUUAUUACAUCAGCGUUCGUUUUGCUAUUACAUUAAAAAGCACGUUUUACUCCCAUUAAUUUUUUUAAAUGCCACAUUGUACGCUUUACGCUAAAUUAAUUUGUGGCGGAACCUUUUCUUGCUUAUACAAAUUUUUUACAAAAAUAAAUAAAAAAUUAUAUAUGAACUGAAAAACUCGACAGCACAAUUAUUUUACCAUAAAGAGUGUUCACUGUAAUUUUAUUUUUCCUCUUUCCCAUGCUGCCGGACUUCCAAGUGACAGAGUAGCCAGACCGUGAAGGAUAAGAACCGUUAGAUUUAUACAGACGCAUAAAAAUAAAGAGAUUUCAACAAACUUUGGAAAGAAACAAUACUUCUUUAUUAUGUUUCGAGUCCAUUGCAACCAGUGCUUUCGUAGGCGCGACCUUGAGCCAUCGGUGAUCUUCCACAUGACUCGAUGCCAGCACGUCUUUUGCAACUCCUGUUUUAACGAACUUUCGGCAGAAAACAAGUGUAUAAUCUGUAAGAGGGAACUCAAGGCUGUGCCGAUCUCUCGCGAAAUGCCACGUACUGUUGGCAAUUACUUUGAGGACCCGCUCCGAUUCCUGGAGCUCUACCGCAAGGUCAGCAAGUUCCAAAACGAGCAGCGUACUUUUGACAACCUGGGAUUCUAUCGUCGGAUGCAGAAGCACGAGAAACAUAAGCUCCAGCUGGAGGGAUACUGCAAGCUGGAGGCUCAGCUCAACCAGAAGAUUCAAAAGGAGAAGAAAUGCAUAGAGGAUAUGCGCACCUACAUCAAGUACUACGAGGACGCAGCCGAAAAGAAGCGACGGCCCAGUAUUGAAAAGAAAUCCCAUGCCUCGGAAAUAAAAACAACCUGGGGCAACCAGUCACAUCGUCCCCGCCCAAGGACACCCUCAGUAACCACAUCCGAACACACCCAGUCGGACGAGUACAUGACAACCUUCUUUCUGGACUCGGACGAGGAGGAGAAUCAAACUCGUCCAUCCGGCGAGAAAACAUUUCAUCUAUAAGGAUUCUCUAUCUUCCGAUCUCUUUACCUCUGUUUCUCAUAAGCUUUAGGCAAUCUAAAUAAUCAAAGGCCGAUUAUAGCAUUUAACUAUUAACUAUUGAAAAGGAAAACCAGAAACUGUACUAGCAGAAUAGGAUAUUUUAUGUUUCAUUAACAGUUUUACAUAUAAUCUGUAAUUAAGAUCUAAGAAAUUAAGAUCUUAACCAUAAAAUCUUAAGCAUACUACCAAGUAUAUAUUUCCACCAAGAGAGCUUCUUCUAAAGAUCAUCGAGAUUAUAAUAUUAAACAUCAAACCAAAACAAUCUUUAUGCUAAUCUUAGAGUGGGCAUCACAAUCAUCUUGAGCUGUGGAAAAUUUCACGGAGUAAGGCACUCGAAAGUAUUUUAGUCUUCUUGUGGGAUCGAACGUAUUAUUUAGAGGUCUAAUCCAAGUGGGG